AUGGCGAGCUUCUUUGACCUCAAAAACAGGAAGCAGAACGGCGUGAGCGGUCAAAAGCAGGACAAGUCCGACAAGUCUGGGCAACCACCCAGAGCCCAGCCCUGGGUUGAGAAAUAUCGCCCAAAGACCCUUAGCGAUGUGGCCGCCCAGGAUCACACGACAGCCGUCCUUCAAAGGACAUUGCAGGCCUCAAUAUUCAAGAGUUUGGAUCAGUCCAAUGCCAAGGCGCGACUUCGGGAGAUCGCCGAGAAGGAAGGCGUUCCGGUGGAAAACGAAGCCUUGGACGCUCUGAUAAAGUGUAGCGAGGGUGAUUUGCGAAAAGCCAUCACCUUUCUUCAGAGCGCUGCCCGGUUAGUCGGGUCUUUGGCUGGUGGCGUGGAUAAAGAUGGGGAUGAAGAAAUGGAAGUUGAGAAGAAAGCGGUCACUGCCAAGAUCAUUGAGGAUAUCGCUGGUGUCAUACCGGACGCGACGAUCGACACGCUGGUCAAAGCCAUUAGGCCCCGAGGCACUGGUGCAGCGUACACACCAGUUGCCAAAGUGGUCGAAACGAUGGUUGCCGAUGGUUGGAGCGCUGGCCAGGUCCUGAAUCAGCUGUACCAAACCAUUGUCUAUGACGAGACAAUUCCUGACAAGCAGAAGAACAAAAUUGUCAUGGUUUUCUCGGAAAUUGACAAACGGCUGGUUGAUGGGGCCAGCGAGCACUUAUCAAUCUUAGAUAUGGCUUUGAGGAUAUCUGCUAUAAUGGCUGGUCAAUAG